UGUGGUUACGUCGACUCAGUUAUAAAUUAUACCUGAUUAGGGCUCAGGCCUUAUUGUUAGUGCGCUUGUCGAGGAAACUAUACACCUACUCGUGAAAAUGAAGGUUUUCGUGGCCGUUGCUUUGUUCGCCUUUGUGGCUAUCCAGCUGAGUCAGGCGGCGCCCGCCCCAGAUGAUGACAAUAAAGACAAAAAGGAGGAGGUCCCGGCGCAGGCGGCGGCGGCUGCUCCAUCCCAGGGUGCAGCAGCGCCCGCGACUGUGCCUGCGGCGGGAGUAGCUACUAAAGACACCGCUCGAGAGUCUCAUGAUGACCGCAAGGGCGAAGCUAAUGCAGCGGCGAAGCCCAAGGCAGCUGCGGCGGCUCCCGCGGCUGCGGCGUCCGCAACUGCACCCGCCGCCGUCGCGGCCGAGGAGAAGAAGGAAUAAACACCUCUAGUUAACCUUUUCGUAAUAUUUCAUGAUAUAAAAUAAAAUUCGAUCUCAGAAAUUAGAAAAGUUCCAAUGUAGCGCCGCCAUUCUACAGAAAACUACAACAGCGUUUGUCAAUAAA